GCCUGGAGCCGGGAUGGCUUCGGCAGGGCCCGACAUUGCGGAUGGUGAGUUCACAGCUGUCAUUUAUGGCCUGAUCCGGGUCGGUCGCUUCACGGAGGUGGUGGGGAUCCUAGACAAAGCGGAGCAGAGGAACGGCCGCUCGCGGGCCCUGCUCUCCUUGCAAGGCUACUGCAACUACCAGCUGCAGGACUUCGUGGCAGCAGCCGAGUGCUACGAGCACCUGGUGGCACUGCACCCAGAGCUCCAUGAGUACCGGCUCUACCACGCGCAGGCCCUCUACAAGGCUGGGCUGACUGCAGAGGCGCUGCGCGUCACAGCCCCCCUCCUCGAUACCCCCGCUUUCCAGAGCCGGGCCCUGCGCCUCCAGGCGGCUGCCCACUAUGCCCAAGGCGACCUGUCCAGCGCCAGGGCCUUGGUGGAGCUCCAGCAGUCGAACGCCAUGGAAGCUAAUGCCGUGGCCAGCGAAGACCCUUCAGAGGUGCUGGACGCGGAGGUGAACAUGGGCUGCCUGCUGUAUCGCGAAGGGCAGCAUGCCGAAGCGUGCCGCAAGUUUGCAUCCGUCAUGCAGGUGCUGGGCUACUGCCCUGAGCUGUCGUACAACAUGGCGCUCUGCUACUAUGCCACCAAGCAUUAUUCUCUGGCCUUGCAGCACCUCGCGGAGAUCAUUGCCCGUGGCAUGCAGCAGCACCCAGAGCUGAGCGUGGGCACGAACACGGAGGGCCUAGACGUCCGCAGUGUGGGCAACACGCUGCUUCUGCAUCGUACUGCCCUGGUGGAGGCCUUCAACCUCAAAGCUGCCAUUGAGUACCAGCUGGGCAACCUGCAGGCGGCUCAAGAUGCACUCACUGACAUGCCGCCCAGAGCUGAGGAAGAACUAGACCCAGUGACCUUACAUAACCAGGCACUGAUGAACAUGGAUAAACGGCCCACUGAAGGGUUUGAGAAGCUGCAGUUCCUAAUGCAGCAGAACCCCUGCCCACCAGAGACGUUUGGGAACCUGCUGCUUCUCUACUGCAAACACCAGUACUAUGACCUGGCUGCAGACGUACUGGCAGAGAAUGCUCACCUGACUUAUAAACUGCUCACACCUUACCUGUACAAUUUCUUGGAUGCCACGAUCACCUGCCAGACUGCCCCUGAAGAGGCUUUUCACAAGCUUGACGAGCUGUUGGGAGUUCUCACUGAGCAGCUGAGGAAGCUUACCAAGGAGGCGCAGGAGGCUAAAAAGAAUGAAGACGAGGAGGCUAUAAGAAAGACACUUAGUGAGUACGAUGAGACGUUGGAAAAAUACAUCCCUGUCUUCAUGGCCCAGGCCAAGAUUUAUUGGGACAUGGAGAAUUAUCCCAUGCUGGAGAAGAUGUUCCACAAGUCGGUGGAGUUCUGCAAAGAUCACGAUGUGUGGAAACUUAAUGUGGCUCACGUGAUGUUCAUGCAAGAGAAGUACAAAGAGGCCAUCGAUUUCUACGAGCCUAUUGUCAAGAAGCACUAUGAUAACCUUUCGCAGGUCAGCGCCAUCGUACUGGCCAAUCUGUGCGUUGCCUACAUCCUGACUAGCCACAAUGAAGGGGCAGAGGAGCUCAUGAGGAAGAUCGAGCAGGAAGAAGACCAGCUGUCUUACCAGGAGCCUGAGAAGAAGCUCUACCACCUUUGCAUCGUUAACCUAGUCCUGGGGACACUCUACUGUACCAAAGGGAACUUUGACUUUGGCAUCUCAAGGGUGAUUAAGAGCUUGAACCCUUAUAACAAGAAGCUGGGCACAGACACUUGGUAUUAUGCGAAAAGAUGUUUCCUGUCACUGUUGGAAAACAUGUGCAAGCACGUGAUCAUGAUGCGUGACCCCGUCAUUCACGAAUGUAUCCAGUUUUUUGAGCACUGCGAAAUGUACGGGAGGGAUAUCCCAGCUGUGAUCGAACAGCCUCUCGAGGAAGAGAAAAUGCAUAGUGGGAAAAACACGGUUACUUAUGAAGCCAGGCAACUGAGGGCACUGAUGUAUGAGGUUAUUGGGUGGAAUAAGUAAUUGCUGUAGCAUGGCCAUACACAGUGCCUGGGCAUAUUGUAUCUUGAAUUAAUCACUCGAUUUAAAAUACUAUAUUUUGUCUUUAUUUUCUUGUUGCUCAUUGGUAAUGGUUGAAACAUAUCAAAAUUAUACAGAAACGAAUGUGUUCUCCAUCACAGAGGAUAUUAAAUAUGCAUAUACAUCAAUAUUUGAUAGUCAGAUUUUUAUAGAAAAUACUAUACUAGCUUUGUAUAUAUCCUUAUGAAGAAUUUAAGAUUACUUAUCUGUUUUAUGGGGGUGGGGUUUCAGCUGUUUUAUUUGUAAAAUUUCAGUUCUGCCCCUGGAAAUGUUGGUUAAAGUUUAUUGGUUCUCUCUUUUAAGGAAAAUAUUUUGGUUUUGUA